CGCAUGCGUCAGUACCUUCUUUGCACAUCAGUUGGUGCGAGUGUUGUGUGUGCUUCUAUCUUGGAUUACCAUUUAUUUUAUUUGGUAGAGGGUAGAAGUGCAGAACGAUGCUGGGCUCCAGCUCGACGCGGGUGUUCAAGCUGCCUGCGAUCUGACCCAAACUGUCAAGUGUCUUCUCGCAAUUCAGUCUUUCAUUCCCUGGAGGAGAGUCAGUGAACAGUGGAAAGUUGCAAGUAGUCCAAGAGUCAACCAAAAGGUCUAUUUUCAUCUUAGUUUCUCAUGGUGCCACCUUUCAAAAUGUGCAAACAAAGUAACUGCAAAAGAGUCUUAAAGAUGGUGUUCCUUUGAUAGAAUAUUUUCCAUCAGAAGAGAAGAAAAACAAGCCAUCAAUAUGAAUAAAAUGGUAUCGACCUUGUCUCUUGCAAUCCACCCGGAGAGCAAAGAGGACAACAUGGCCAAGAAGCUGGACAAUUUGAAACAAGAAAUAGACAUAACGGAUCACACAAUUCCGUUAAAUGAUUUCUAUAGGAAAUACCAAACGCACCCUGAGAAAGGCCUUUCCACCCAACAGGCAAAGACGUUUCUCGCGCGAGACGGGCCAAACGCCUUGACUCCGGAGAAAAGGACUCCAGCAUGGGUGAUUCUACUCAAACAUUUAUUCCAAGGGUUCUCAAUCCUGUUAUGGAUUGGGGCCGUUUUAUGUUUUACCGCGUAUUUUAUAGAGUCUCAGGUGUCGGAAGAGGCUCCCAGGGACAAUUUAUGGUUAGGUAUAGUGUUGUGUUGUGUAUGUACUAUCACCGGUGUAUUUUCAUACUCACAGGAGGCGAAGAGCUCAAGAAUAAUGGAUUCCUUUAAGAACAUGGUUCCUACUUAUGCGAACGUCAUCAGAGACAGCCAGAAGAAGACGAUUCUGUCUCAAGAACUGGUAGUGGGAGAUGUCGUGUUGGUCAAGUUCGGAGAUCGUGUACCAGCUGAUAUCAGAGUUAUCGAGAGUCAAGGAUUCAAAGUCGACAAUUCAUCUCUGACUGGUGAAUCUGAACCACAGUCGAGGUCAAUAGAGUGUACCCACGAAAUAGCACUUGAGACAAAGAACCUAGCGUUUUUCUCUACAAAUGCUGUUGAAGGGACAGCUAAAGGAGUUGUUAUUCUCACUGGGGAUCACACAGUCAUGGGCAGGAUAGCGGGUCUUACAUCGGGUCUGAAGACUGGAGAUACUCCGAUAGCCAAGGAAAUUCACCACUUCAUGCAUCUUAUAUCUUGUUGGGCGAUGUUUCUUGGUUUCACUUUCUUUUUAUUGUCAUUCGCUUUAGGUUACCACUGGUUGGACGCUGUGAUUUUCCUCAUAGGAAUCAUUGUCGCCAACGUUCCAGAAGGUCUUUGCGCUACAGUGACAGUUUGUUUGUCUCUAACUGCUAAAAGAAUGGCCUCCAAGAACUGUGUUGUGAAACAUCUGGAAGCUGUAGAGACUUUGGGAUCUACCUCAACCAUCUGCUCGGAUAAAACCGGAACGCUAACUCAAAAUCGGAUGACCGUUACCCACAUUAGUUACAAUCUAGACAUAUUUGAUGUAGAUUACUGUUUGUACGAUAGUGGUUUAGCUGAUAGAAACUGCAGUGAGUAUAAGGAACUGUUUAGAGCUGGAUGUCUGUGCAGUCGAGCUGAAUAUUUAUCGAACCAAGAUGAAGUCCCGAUCCUAAAAAGGGAUGUGAUGGGUGAUGCAUCCGAAGCAGCUAUUUUGAAAUUUUCAAGUUUAGCUGAAGGAGACGUUAUGGAAUUCAGAAAACGACACAGGAAAGUAUGUGAAAUCCCCUUCAACUCCACAGACAAGUUCCAGGUAUCAAUUCAUGUUCUUCCAGACUCCAACAAACACCUGUUGGUUAUGAAAGGUGCUCCCGAGAGGAUAUUCGAACGUUGCUCAAGAAUACGAAUUGACGACACUGAAGUGCCUAUCGACGACAGAAUACGAGAAGAAUUUGAAAUUAUUAUAGAACAGCUCGGGAACUUUGGCGAGAGAGUUUUAGGCUUUUGUCAGUUACCAUUGAGCAACGAUUUUCCAUUGGGAUUUAAAUUCAAUAGCGAAAAGCCAAAUUUCCCCCUAACUGGUUUGAGCUUCCUCGGACUCAUGUCAAUGCUUGAUCCACCGCGCCCGGCUGUACCAGAUGCUGUUGCAAAGUGUCGAACUGCAGGAAUCCGUGUUGUCAUGGUAACUGGAGAUCACCCUGUAACAGCCAAGGCUAUAGCUAAGUCCGUUGGAAUCAUAUCUGAAGGAUCCGAGACUUUGGAAGACAUGGCGAAACGAUUAAACGUUCCAGUGUCAUCACUUGAUCCGAGUGAAUCUACCACAAUUGUGAUUCAAGGAUCAAAGCUGCGAGAUAUGACUUCAGAUCAACUUAAACACAUUCUGAAAACCCAUAAGGAAAUUGUUUUCGCCAGAACAUCUCCAACUCAAAAACUGCACAUCGUUGAAGGCUUCCAAGAACUAGGAGCUAUCGUGGCAGUGACAGGUGAUGGUGUGAACGACUCACCAGCUUUGAAAAAGGCCGACAUCGGAAUCGCUAUGGGAAUCACUGGUUCUGACGUGUCAAAACAAACCGCAGACAUGAUAUUGCUGGAUGACAACUUCGCCUCAAUCGUCACCGGUGUGGAAGAGGGGAGACUGAUAUUUGACAACCUGAAGAAAUCCAUUGCGUACACUCUGGCAUCAAACGUACCUGAAAUUACUCCAUUCCUUGCAUUUAUAGUUAGUGGAAUCCCAUUGCCCCUGGGAGUCGUAGCCAUCUUGUGUAUUGAUCUCGGUACCGACAUGUGGCCAGCCAUAUCUCUCGCUUACGAAGCUCCAGAGUCUGACAUCAUGCGUCGUCGUCCCCGAAACCCCAGGAAGGACAAACUCGUCAACGGCAAACUGAUCUUCUUAGCCUACGGACAGAUUGGAGUAAUCGAAGCCGUCGCAGGAUUCUUCUCCUAUUACGUCAUCAUGGCUCAAAACGGUUGGUGGCCUAUGAAGCUUUUCGGCAUCAGGAAAUACUGGGACUCCAACAGCAUCAACGACCUCGAGGACUCUUAUGGUCAGGAAUGGACCUUCGCCAACAGAAAGAUCCUCGAGUUCACAUGCCACACUGCCUUCUUCAUCGCCAUUGUAGUCGUGCAAUGGGCUGACCUAAUCAUUUGCAAGACUAGGUACAACUCGAUCACCCAUCAGGGAAUGGGCAACUGGGUACUCAACUUCGGCAUGGUGUUCGAGACGCUGUGUGCCUGCUUCGUCUCUUACUGUCCUGGCAUGAGCGAGGUGCUGAGGACCUACCCGGUGAGGUGGGAAUGGUGGCUGCCUGCCGUACCCUUCGCCAUCGUCAUCUUCGUCUACGAUGAGACCCGACGAUUCAUCAUGAGGCGCAACCGUGGAGGCUGGAUCGAGAGGGAGAUGUACUACUAAGCAUUUGUGUUCAACCAAAGACAACCGGCAGACUUGUCGAGCAAAAUGUUUGUAUAUAUUGUAGAUCAGUUGAAUUAAUUGAUAAGUUUUGUUAUAAUCGAACCAUGUUGUUACUAAACCGUCUCACGGUCGAUAUCUGUUCCUCCUCCUAAAUGCAUCCGUGCCGGGCGCAAAACGGUUAAGUAGAGUAUUUUCUAAACGCUGUUUUGUUUCAAUUAGUUCCAUAGAGCUUCGACGAUGCCGGAGAACAUAGUGAUAGUGUACCAAUGGAGGUGCGCAAGUGGGAACCUAUAGCAUCAAGUAGUUGUAACCAUAAUAAACAUGUAUUUGAUGGAAUAUGUCUUUAAAGUAAGAAUACCGAAUAAGCUUUAGGGUAUACAAAUCGUUAUACAAUAACGUAUGUCGAUAUCCAUGUAUUUGUUAUAGUGAGCGAUAUUUUUUCUAGAACCAUAUAAAGUAUUUGUUAUAUUGUCAAAGUUCUAUUGGCGUGUUUUCAAAACAAUAUUUUCUUACUCCUGUCUUUAUUCGAAUCCUAAAUUGUAUAUUUUUGACAGUUUUGGUUAGAAUGUGAGUCCACAAAAUGUAAUGGGAGAAGUUAUGUUUGUUGAGUCGGUCCCUAUUGUUUGCUACAGUUGUAGAUCGAAGAGUUAGUGUAGAUGGUCUAAAACCACCAUGUCAAUGUAUGUAGACUAGGCCUGAAUUCUGUAUCACUUGCCUUGCAGUUGAAAUUGACUGAAUAAACCAAUUCUGUGCCGUUCUUUUUUGAUAA